CUUUCUUCUACAGUUGCAGUUCUAAUGUCAAAUCGACCGCGCCCAUCGCUAAUUCCACGGCCAGACAGCCGGGCCAGCCCAGGCAACCGCGGACAAUACUCGCCCGAAGAGGAGCUGGAGGAGAUUGAGCAAAAGAUUACAUUGACGCUGCAGGAGAUUGACGCCAACUUUGACAGGUGCCAGCGCACCAUGGCGCGCGACGUUAUGCCCAAGAUUGAGCAGAUGGCGAAGCUGUCGAGCGAGCUUCUGGAAGCCUCGCAUCCCUGGCUGCAGUUCUUCAUGUCGGUAGCAUCGGCUGAAGACCAGUCCGACGAGUCGUUUGUGCGCAAUGUGCAGGCGCCAGAGGAUGAGCCCUACUCACAUAGCAUGGGGGCCGAGGACGCUACGCGGUUUGGCGAUAUGGGGCCAACGCAGCGUGCAGCUAUCGAAGAACAGGCGGGCAGAGGCGAGAUCACGGCACAGUUCCCAGACAAGCCCAUGCAAUUGGUGAUUAUCGAUAGUGAUGAGGAGGCUGCAGACAGUGACGCGGACACUGAGAUCGCCUCACCGCAAACGCCACGCACUGGAGCAGCGAAGCGUAUAACGGACCAGCUGAGCACAUCGGCGAAGAAACGGCGCAGGGUGGGCGACACGCCUCGAAAGGAUGGUGCGUCGUCAUCGAGCGCCCGGACACCUGUGUCAAUGAUGCGCGCAUGGGUGCACGCGAAACAGGACCGCAAUGGACGCCCACCGAGAUAUGGGGCAACACCCGGGAGUGCAGGCUCAUACGACUCGUUGCAAGAGGUUGCCUUCGAGGAGGAUGACGAUGACGAUGACGAGGAGGACGAAGAGGAAAUGCUUGAAGAGAUCAACACCCUGCUUCAUCGCUACGAGAGCCCGCGGCCAACGAAAUGGCGCAGCCCAAUCGGUAUCCGGAGAGUCACCAGCACAGGAACGUAUUCCGGACUCGGCCAAGUCGUUGCCACUGAGCUCUGUCAAAUCGAUGUCAUCGAGUUCCGUCAUUCCAGUUCCUGCGUCAGGCAACUAAGAGUCCCAGUUGUAUCGGACAAUGGAGAGGACGAUGACGAUAUAGAUAUGCAGGCACUGGCAGCAAAGUAUGCUAGCCCCCAGAGCGCCGUUAGAUCUGAGAGCGCACAUGAGACUGGUACCGGUGUGCCGGGACUGCGUGGCGAUGCUGAGGCUAUGGACAUUGACGGCGCCGAUGAGGAUGUUCAUAUGGAAGAUAUUGAUGCGGAUGAGUCGCUAAUCUCGCCUCCACCGCAGAUCAGGACUACUCUCACCCCAUUAUCAGCGGGCAGCCAGCCCUCAGUGAACGGGUCACCCACUUCUCCUACUGCGGCAACGGCUACCACAGCCAAAGCCCUGACACGGUCGCAAUCGCAGGACAUGACAGCACGGCCAGCCUCGCAGGCUAUAUCGAGCCGGCCACGGCCGCAGUCGCAAAAUGCAAUGACUCGGCCUCAGGCUCAGAACGCAGCAACCCGGCCGCGGUCGCAGGAUGCAAUAGCACGACCCGCAGUACCAAAUGGUCCUACAUGGCAGUUUGGAAGGCACAGCCUGGCAGACACCGAUGAUAUUUCGCCGCUAGCCAACCGUGGAUCGCGCCAGCAGCCCGGUACACUUCAGCCCACCACCUCAUAUACAGAGAGAUUCCAGCCGCUCGGCAUGGCCGAUGGUGAGGACGAUCCGUUUGGGCCUUCUCCACCUCCCGAUCGGCCGGCUUCGGCGCACGCGUCGUUUACCAGCCGCAGCGACACGCUGAUGGGUUCGGAUGUGACGGCAACAAUCCUCAGUCCGAAUCUUGAUAUGAACGACACGGACCACCACGGGCUGCAUGCGAACACGACGGACUCGCAGCUGAAUGAGAGCAGCAUGUCGCUCGAGAACCAAGACUACACGGGUAGCGGGCUAACGAAUAUGGACGGCACGACGACCAUCUUGCCCACGCGUGAGAUGUUGCAGCAGGCAGCGCGGCAGGCUCGAGACUCCGAGGCCCAGAACACCAGUGGGUUGGAGGGGGUUAGCGUGCUGGGCGGCGACGACGACGACGUGACGCAGACUAGCUUUGUGUCGAUGGCGUCGAAUACUGAAGCUACUGUGUAACUAAUUACGAUCUCUCAAUCUAGAUCACUUUCUUUUGCGUACCCACAUGUAGUACUGUCACUAUGAGUCUGCCUUGUUGGGAUUGCACGCUAGAGACCCAUCGUUGUGCCCUUGGACAGGAUGAACACGACAUCGCAAAUGAAAGGAUGCCUUUGUGUUUUGUGGAUCAGGAGCCAGCGGGAGCCACGCUGAGGGCUCCCAGAUGAGGCGCAUCACACCGGUAACAAGAUUGCAGCAGUUUAGAUGUUGGCUGGUGCAGUUGCACAAACUGCAACGCUAGUAUUUAAACGAAGUGUUUCCUUCAUAUGAUCCUCCUCUCCUUAGCGUGAUGUGUUGAAUAACCAGUAGUAAUAAAGAAACUAAAGCGUG